AUGGCGGAUAAAAAAUACGUAUUGGGCAUGGAUAUUGGUACAACAUCAGUGAAAGUGUGCGUUUUUGAUUCAGACGCGAAGGAAAUAGUCGCCAAACAAAGCAAAGAUACAGCAGCUAACAUCCCAAGUGAUCAAGGUAUAGAGGGUAAUAAGCAAGAUGUGCCGAAAAUAGUAUCAGCUGUUCACUACUGUGUUUCGCGUCUUCCUAGAGAUAUAUUACGACAUGUGACAAAGAUUGGCGUCUGCGGGCAAAUGCACGGAGUUGUUUUAUGGAAAAAUGGAGCAUGGGAAAAAAUAGAAAAAGAUGGUGUAAUCAACAGAUUUGAAGCAAUCAGGGAGAACAUGUCAGCAUUGUACACAUGGCAAGAUGUCAGAUGCAAACCAGAAUUUUUAGAUACCCUCCCCAAACCCGAUUCUCACCUUAAGUGUUAUUCAGGCUACGGCUGUGCAACACUUCUAUGGAUGUUGAAACAUAAGCCAGAAAAACUAAAACAUUUUAACUGCUCUGCAACAGUACAAGACUUUGUUGUAGCAAUGCUAUGUGACCUUGACACACCCAUAACUUCAGACCAAAAUGCUGCAAGUUGGGGUUAUUUUAAUACCGAAAAAAAUGAGUGGAAUAUUGACAUUCUAAAAGGUCUCGAUUUUCCAGUAAAUCUUCUUCCAAAUAUUAAAAAGAGUGGAGAAAUUGUGGGAAGCCUUAACAGCUCAUGGAAUGGAAUUCCUGAAGGUACACCUGUUGGAGUAGCAAUGGGUGAUCUCCAGUGCUCUACAUUAGCAACUCUAGAAUCAAGAACAGAUGCUGUUUUAAACAUAUCUACAUCUGCACAACUAGCUUUUGUAGUGGAUGGUAUUUCAGAUAUAGGCUGUAAAACUGUUGAACAUCUGCCCUAUUUUAAUAAUACUUAUUUACUUGUAGCUGCCUCUCUAAAUGGAGGUAAUGUAUUAGCAACUUUUGUAAAAAUGUUGCAACAAUGGAUGCUUGAAUUUGGAUUUCCUAUUCCACAGUCAAAAGUUUGGGAGAAAUUAAUUGCUAUGGGAUUAGAUGCACCAGCUGAAACAACAAUGAGAAUAUCCCCACACCUACUUGGUGAGAGACAUUCGCCAACAGCAAGAGCCUCAGUAGAAAAUAUAGACCUAUCGAAUAUACAAUUAGGGCAAGUAUUUAGAUCUUUAUGUGAUAGCAUAGUUGAUAACAUACAUUUUAUGAUGCCUAAAGACAUAUUGCGCAAUGCAAGUAUAACAAGAAUUGUGGGAAAUGGUUCUGGUUUAUCAAGAAACAAAGUUUUACAAAGAGCUGUUGAGCAUUAUUACAGUUUACCACUUGAGUUUACAUGUGGAGGGGAUGCAGCUAAAGGUGCAGCAAUUGCUGUGAUAAAUACUCAAUGA